AUGCGCUUACUGACCAUUUCACUGCUGCUCGUGGCGGCAAACGCUCAAAAAUUCGACGAUUGUGACCAAAAACCGAAAGGUAAGCCUUCUUCUAGAGGAAAAAAUGCGAAAGUCGAUAAUUUCAGCUCUGACGACGGGUCACCGAGUGGGCGGCAAACUCUACUCGAACCAACUCGACUACUAUCACCAAAAAGCGCUGCCCUACAGCCCGAUCUAUGCGUUUACGGACGUUUUUCUUAAAAUUAACCUCACCGACGCCGAUUCGUACCACUUUUAUCAGGGCUCCAACUGCUCGGCCGUCAAACAACUUUACGACAACGACAAUCGGUACUUCGGGCUGUGGAAAAAGGCCGCUUUGUUAAGGUUUUAGUGAAAAAGUAGAACAAUUGAGAGAAAGGCGUUUAGAUCGCAUCAUUUGGACCCGUUCAACGACACAAUCGUGGGCGUGCACACCGCGGAGCCCUACGAAAUAUCGGUGCUCGUUUGGAGUGAGUUUUUAAAGGAAAAGUUUGGCUGUUUUCCAGAAAAACACAAAUUUCAGAGGUAAACUACGUGCGCGUGGGCGUCUACGCGGCCGCAAUUCUGCUCUUUUUGCUCGCCAGCAAACUCGUCCGAAAUGUCGUCUUUUACUACACGAGCGGAUGCUCCUUCGGCCUCCUCGCCUCCCUUCUCCUCGUCGCGUUUAUCGUCUGGCGUGUCGCGCCAAAGGUUGGUUGCAAACGCGCUCCACUGCACAAGCGGUGGCCGUGGCCGCGAAAGUCCGCGAAAUCUGAGUUUAGGCGAGAAUUUUGCGGGAUUUCUAGCCUGGAUUUUAGCUCAAAAAUGUCAAUUUUACGUAAAAAACCGAACGUUUGCAGAAAACGAUUGGGUUGCCAAUACUGAUCGGCGGCUGGUCCGUCUCGAUCUACAUGCUGCACUUUGCGUGGUCCAACCUUCAGAGCAUCCUGUUCGAGUACCAAAAGUACGUGAUCGGCUACUUCUCGGCGGUCCUGCUCGUCUCUAUGGCCGUUUGCUACAAGCGCGGCCCGCCCACAGACGCCCGUUCCCAUGAUAUCGCCCAGUGGAGCCUCCAGCUCAUCGCCCUCGCCCUCAUUUAUUUCUCGGUCCAACUGCUCGAAGUCUCCCUGGGAACUAUUGCCGUGCUCGUGCUCCAAGAGCUCACGCGCGGCUUCCUCUUCGCCGGAAUCCGAUGGUAUUUCGUCGGUUUGGCCGCAUUCUGGCGCAAGUGUUUCCCGAAAAAACGGCGAUUGCUGAACGAGGCCGAGUACGAAAAAGAGGGAGAAAAUACGACGAGAGAGCAAUUGGCACUGCUCAGAGAGUACUGUAGGAAGGAGGGAAACCACCCGUGGAAACUGGCCGGAAAUGUGCGAAGUGCCAGACGGUGAGCGUCGUUUCUAUGCGAAAACCGGCCCUUUUUGACAGUUCUCUCAUUUUUUUAAGCAUUUUGAGUAAUCGGACAGUCAAAAAUCAGUCGUUUUUGGCCCGAAAUCAGCAAAGAAUUGUAAUUUUAAAGCGGCAGAUUGGCACGAUUCGUCGAGGGAGAAGAGGAUCACAUAACCGAGGACGAGGCCUACGCGCACGAGAUCAGCGGCGACAUUUUGGAGAGGGACGAAGAGUACGAGAACGAUUUCUACGUAAAAGAGCAGCGCACACCCAAUGGCUCGCUUUUUGAGCACGAAGAGGACGACGGAGAGGAGGAUCAGUGGGACGAGAUCGUGGUGCGAAGGAGCGGCGCUUCUGAGAGGGUCCAGUCGAUCCGUGUGCCACGGAAGGUCUCGGAACGACUGCUCUCGCCCUAUCGGCAACUGAAUCGGACCGUCGGCGCCUCGAUGGGAUACGAACGCGGCGGUUGGCAGCCGCGCUCGAGCUACUCGGAACAUCGGCCACGCAGAGACGAAGCGCCACGCACCGGCGGCCGACUCACCGAGUUCUUGAGGGGGUAAGUGCGCUCCGUUGGGAUAUUACUGCGAUUGGGGCGAAAUUUGUACUGUACUAGAACUCGGUUUUUCCCGAAAGCCACGACCCUUUUUGCAGGAAAAACGUGCUGCAAGCGGAACCGCAGCGCUACGCGAGCUCCUCGUCGGGCUCUUCGUCGCGGAGCAACGGAAUGACGCCGAGCGAGUACAUGCGGCAGGCGCGGCGGAUGGACGGACUCUCGAGGACGCCCACCAGAAGGUUCGCGCCCAAAAUCAUCGAACAUUCAAACAUUUUGGCGUUUUGUCAUCUAAAGUGGUGAUAUUGAUGUUAAAAAUGACAUAGAUUGCCCGUUUUGUACCUGAAAACUGUAAAAACGUUCAGAGUGCCGGUGAGACAGCCGACGACCGACGAGGAGGAGUACGACGAAUAA